CGCGCAACAUGCUCCGUCCACCAGCGGCGGCCCCGCUGAUGUGGCGACGUUACCGCCCGCUAUCGAUUUUCCCGGUCCCGCGAAUCCAACAGUUGUGCGUGGGCGCCAUCCCCUCCGACCUUCUACCCCUUGCGGCCCACGCGAUCCGAAAGUGAGAUAGCGCCACCACCGCACCAUCAUCCCCCACCCUACACCCACGACCCACUGACGGCACCCCCACACCCAUCAGCAUAUUUUAUCUGCAGCCCACGCGACGGGUGCGCUCUCUGCAGAUCAGCCCUCCGACGACCCGAAUCCAUGUAACAAUAUGGAUCAUACGCAUAUGGGUAUUUGCGCGAAGUAGCUGACCACGUUUAAGUUCUGUUCGAGUCGAGGCGUUCUGCAGGUUGGUUUCCUGCGCGAACGGUGACGCGUUCUCGUGCAGGUGGUUCUGUCGACAAGGAGUAACUGUGUACUUAAUAGGUACUUGGAAACUGAUACUUAAUAUAAAAUGGCAAAAGCACUUGACGGAAAUAUGGUCUUGAGUCACAUCAAGCAUCGUCACCAUGAAUCAUCAUAUUCAAAACUGGAUGAAUUUCGCAAAGGUGAUAUAGAGUGGGACGUUACUUUAAAGUCGACAGACGGAAAAGAAAUACAUGCUCACAAAUGUGUGUUGGCAUCCCAGAGUGAAUAUUUUGAACGUAUGUUCAUUGGGGGAUUCAAAGAGACCACUCAAGAUGUUAUCCAAAUCAAUGAUAUUAGCAGUGAUGUUUUGAAAAUUGUAAUCGAUUUUAUGUACACGGGUGAAUUGGUUCCGAUCGAAGAGGAUAACGUAGAAGAAAUGUUGAACGCAGCUGAUAUGUUUCAAUUGGAAGAUAUUCGAGAUGCAUGUCUUAAAUACUAUGUGUGUGUGGUGCAUGACAAAAAUUGUUUGGAGUUCAAAGAAACAGCCGAUUUAAGAGCGAUGACUACAUUGUCUGAAAUAUGUUUAAAUUAUGCUCUACAACGUUUUCUCCAUAUAGCCGAACAUCAAUCUUUUUUGGAUGCCGACGUAACGCACAUAAUGCAAUUGUUAAAGAGCGAUAAUUUGCAUGUAACAAAUGAAGAACCAGUGUAUAGAGCUAUCAUGAAAUGGGUGAAAUACGAUGAAACUAAGCGAAAACAUUUAUUGCCAGAUUUGUUGGCAAAUGUUAGGCUAGUAUUUACUUCGAAAGAUUUUCUGGUUCAAGAAGUUAUAUCAGAUCCACUCAUUUCUUCUAACCCUGAAUGUUGGAAAAUUGUCAAAAAAGUAAUCGUUCAUUUUAAUUACAAAUACGGAGAUUCAUUGUCAAAGAUAAUUACAAAUGCGAAACCAAGGGUAAAUACCAAGAAGUUAACCAUUGAUGAGAUGAGGCAUCUACGAUAUUAUAAUUGUUCGGACUCACCAGAUUUUUCAGAAAGAGGACCAAUAAACCUUCUUGAUUAUUUGAAAGAUUUCGAUUUCAAUCAUCAUUUCCCACAAAUCGAAUGGAAUCAAUAUAUGAAUGAAAAUAAUUUUCUCACACGAUUUAGCGAAAUAUGGAGAGGAAUUAAUGAUGGUACUACUGAUGAUGACGAUGAAGAAAGUAUUGGCUAGUAUGGACAUAAUUUUCUACUCAAUAAAUAAAAACAAAUGUUUGAUAUUAAAUUUAAAACUUUAAAUGAACAAUUAUUACUGUACAAUACAAUACAAUACACCUAGUAUAGAACUAUAAAAUGUGUGAAAAAUUAAAAUUAUAAGCAUAGACCUUAUGUCCUUAUCUUAUCUGUCCAAGUAGAUUAUAUACUAAAUAUUUAUAGUAAAUAAUAUAAUAUAAAUUAUAUUAUAAUAGCGCCGAACGGGACCGAUGUAUCCUUUCUUACGUAGGUACCUAAUACGUGUAUAAUAAAUUACUAUUUGUUUAUGGAAAGUUUAGGUAUUACAGUAUAUUUACCUACUAUAUACGUCAUAAUGUAUUAGUAUUUUUAUAUAUGUCAGCAAGCAUACAAUAAUUUUUGGACCUUGAUUGUUGGAUACAUCAAUCAAACAUCACUAUUUAUUAAUUAGUAAUUAAAAAUAACUUUAGAAAACAAAUUUUAAAUAAAAAAGAUCCUUCGAUAAAAAAUCGUAGGCACAUAUCUGACCAAUGAAUAUAAUAGAAAUUAGAAACACGAUUUACAUAAAAAUUCAAUGAACUAAAUGCUCAUCUGCCAUUUGUGUAUUUAAUAAUAUGUUCCAUAAAUGAUUUUCAAUCACACAUAAUAGUGGGUACUUAUGUGGUGUUGUAUUUAAAAAAUUUUAAAAAAUACAAAAUUAUCCACGCUCUGAACUGUUACAAAGUUACCUUUGAAGUAUUGAUUAUAUUGAAUAUAAUGAUUCAUUAUACUGUUUACAAAUUUAAUAUUUUUAAGUUUAAUAUGUUUAUAUGUGUUUGCUUAACAUUUACGAUUUUUACGAUUUAUACAAACAAAAAUAUAUUAUAAAUUAUAAUACAAUUUAUCAUCAUAGCUAGUGUUGUUAUUAAGUCUCAAAGCCAUAUUAUAUUAUUAUAUACUUAUAUACAUAUAUGUAUUAUGUUAUUAUUAUAUUUUAAAAUAUUUAUUCAUUAUACAUCAUUUUCAUACUCAACCUUAAAAUUAUGAAUACAUUCAAUUGUUUUUUUAAGGUGUAUAUUUAUCAGUUAAGUAUUUAAAUUUUAAGUAUCAUGAAAAAAUAUUUUUUUUUGUUGAAAAAUUUUACCUGCACCGUUAAUAACGAAUAAGGGAAUACAAAAUAUGAUACCGCUUAGUCUUAUUGCAUUAUAUUUUGUGGAAGGUAACAAUUAUUAUUUAUAUAAUGUAUAAGAGUGUCGCAUUUACUAUUAUUAAAGUAUACAAAUAUGACUGUA